AUGGAUUCAGAUAGUGAGAUUGAUGUCAGAGCGGUUGACUUUCUCCAGUCAUCAGAUGAUGAUGAACAACCACAACAUUAUAUCCAAUUAUUGAUGUCGGUUGGAAACAGGCGAACUAGGCAACCUCGUCGUAAUUCUGCGUUAACAGGACGAGAAUAUGUUUUAGAACAAUUACACGAACAUCCCGAAAAUUUGUUUGAAAUGUGUCGUAUGCAUCGUGACACGUUCGAAGUAAUUGUUCAGUUAAUUCGAGGCCGCAACCUACUGCCUUCUUCUAGUAUUUCGGCAGAAGAAUCUCUAAUGAUGUUCUUAAGAAUGGUUGCUCACUCAGAUCGCAAUAGAGAGAUACAAGAUAGAUUUUGUCAUUCUGGAGAGACAAUACACCGGUAUUUUGAUAAUAUGCUUACCGCUUUGUCUGCGUUAGCACCUGAUGUUAUAAAACUACCAAAUAUGAACAUUGUCCCCCCAGAGAUUCAACACAAUCCUAAGUACUGGCCAUGGUUUAAGGCUUGUAUUGGUGCAAUAGACGGUACACACUUGAUGGGUGUCCCACCUGCACAUCAACAGACAGUCUACAGAGGAAGAAAACAUUCGUGUACUCAAAAUACAAUGGCGGCGGGUAGUUUUGAUAUGCUAUUCACUUAUGUCAAUAUCGGAUGGGAAGGAUCAGCUGCUGAUUCCAGAGUGUUAACUGAGAUUUUAAGAAAUCCAGAUGACCCAUUCGUGGCGCCACUCCCACCAAAAUAUUACGUUGUGGAUUCCGGUUACAGCAACACACAAGGUUUUUUGGCACCAUUUCGUGGUCAGAGACAAUAUGAGGUCGAUUUGCCUGUAGAAGAUAUUGAGGGAGAGGGAGAACAAGAAAGGCAACAGGAACAACAACAUAGUAUGGAUGCACAAGAAGCAGAAACAUCUGAAAUGGAUGGUCGGCAACAACGUAAUUACAUGGUUGAUUUUAGGGAUCAUCUAGCUAAUCAAAAGUGGGAUUCGUAUAGGCGAUAA